CUGCUCCAAAGCUUGGGAUCGUAGCAGCGAUGUGGAGGAUACGGCUACUCACACUGGUCCUGCUGACCCUCGUCCAGCUGCAGGGGCGCAGCGUCCUCGGGCAGAAGUACUACAUGAACUUUGCCUUCAACAACAACAAUCCCGAUGGAGCCAUCAGUGGCGAGGGCGGCGGAGGGGCUGAGAAGACGGCCCCACAAAAUUUCAAAGAUAAUGGUGGGAACGGGGAUGAGGCUGACCGUGACAACGAUAACCUCAGCUAUCAUAAAGCUGAUGGAGACGAUAAUAACGGAGAUCAGAAUGAAGAAGCCCAAGGGGAUCACGGCGGCGAUCAUGAUGGCGGAGGAAAUAAUGGAGGCAAUGAUGGAGGAAAUGAUGGAGGCAAUGAUGGAGGUGAUAAUGGAGGUGCAGGAACUGAUGGAGGCAGCGGCGGUGACCAAGGGGAUGGCGGUGCCAAUGGUAAUGGCGACAAUGAUGUGGGCGUUCCCGGCGACGUGGGUGAUGACGACGACAGCGACAGCAAGGACCCAAGCGAUCGUCGUCUGAGGACGGCCAAAACAAAUGAGCCGGGAGGCGGCAAUGCACCUGGAGAACACAGCCAUCAUAGCAGCUACGAGAUCAGCAUCGAUGACAGCUUCGGCGGACGCUACAUACGCUCCAUCUACGAGAGCAGCGAAAGUCACGGCCACUCCGGCAGCAAGGGCGGCUCCGGCAGUGGGGUCAAAGCUGACAGUUCUGCCAGUCAGGGAGGAGAUAAGCCGGCUGCACGGGCACCAUCCAACAGGGCCAAAGCAAGAACGUACGGGGACAGUGACUACGAGGAAUACAACGGGGAUAACUGAGCUAUAACCCGGCUGUGUAGUUUCGGUGGUGGAAGAAGCCUCUUCACAUGAAUUCAUUAACUAUAUGUCAAUAAAAUGUUAAAUAUAGAAAAGGAAAUUUC